UUGUCAGCUAAAUGAGUCGCAACGUGUACGUCAGGUGAGCGCGACCCCCGAAGCCUCUCGACGGUAUCGUUUUUUCAGGUGUUUCCUUGAAGCUGUACCCGUAUCCGCCACCCGUGGCCUCCUGUGAUUAUUUGUAGGAUGAGCGUGGGCUUCAUAGGAGCAGGCCAGCUGGCCCAUGCUCUGGUGAGAGGCUUCACAGCUGCAGGCGUGAUUGCCACUCACAGAAUCACAGCCAGUUCCCCGGACACAGAGCUCCCUACAGUCCAGGGACUGCGGAAAUUGGGCGUCAAUUUCACCACCAGCAACAAGGAGACAGUCAGCAAAAGUGAUGUCCUCUUCCUGGCCGUGAAGCCCCACAUCAUCCCUUUCGUACUGGAUGAGAUUGGACCAGACAUCGAAGAGCGUCACCUUAUUGUGUCCUGUGCUGCAGGUGUCACCAUCAGCUCUAUCGAGAAGAAGCUGCAGCAGCAUCGGGCUGAUCCAAAGGUGAUGCGCUGCAUGACGAACACCCCAGUGGUGGUGUGUGAGGGGGCCACUGUGUAUGCCACAGGCACCCAUGCAAAAGUGGAGGAUGGAAAGCUCCUGGAGCAGCUGAUGUCCAGUGUGGGAUUCUGCACUGAGGUGGAGGAGGACCUGAUUGAUGCCGUUACCGGCCUCAGUGGCAGUGGUCCUGCUUACGCGUUUACUGCUGUCGAUGCUCUUGCUGAUGGUGGAGUGAAAAUGGGCCUCCCCAGGAGACUGGCUGUACGCCUCGGAGCCCAGGCUCUGCUGGGGGCUGCUAAGAUGUUGUUAGACUCAGAGCAACACCCUGGGCAGCUCAAGGACAACGUGUGUUCACCAGGGGGCGCCACCAUCCACGCCCUGCACGUCAUGGAGAGUGGCGGCUUCCGCAGCCUCCUCAUCGAUGCUGUAGAGGCCUCGUGUGUUAGGACUAGGGAACUUCAGUUUUUGGCCGACCAAGAAAGAAUCUCGCCAGCUGCCAUAAAGAAGACGACUCUGGACCAAGUGUUGCAGCAGCCAGGAGUGACCGCAGGGCCUGUUGGAGUCAGAUCUCAGGGGAUCAGUAUGUUCAGCAAUAACCCCAGGACCAAAAAGAAGUGAGCUUCUUUGUUUUGUAUCGCACUGCCCAAACAUUUUAGCAGCAAUGAUGCAAUAUAUGCCUACUGUCAGAGGAGAGUCUAACAUAGUGGAUUACUUUCUAGAAAAAAAAAGCCAACUGGGGGACCAUGGAUAUUUUAUUUUUGUAAGGCAAUAACUUUCCUUUGUCAGGCUUGACUAGAAUAAUAAUUUCAAUCUCUGUGAUUCAUUUGUCUUUCUGUAUCUUACUUCGGUCAGCUCGAUAUCAUGGUAGUUUCCAAAGUACCAUCUGAAUCAAUGCAACGGAGUGACAUGCAGCAAAGCAACACGCUGUGUGCCACGAAUUUCCGGAGGUGGUGUUACUGUUCAAGUUGCAUUUAACAAUUUCCAUUUUUUUAAACGCAUAUUUCAUAACGCAAUGAAAGUAAGGAUGUCUUUGAAACAUUAUAUAAAUAAAUAUUAAAAACAACAUUUUGUGAUAUAU